UUUUCAGUUUUCUGUUACACCAAACUUUUUUUUUGUUCAACACAAAUUUUCUCGAGGAAAAAAAGAAAGAAAGAAAGAAAAAGAGAAACCAAAUUUUCUCAUUGUGUUGUUUUCAAAAGAUCCAGUGGUCGGGAAUUCGAAUGGAUCAGAGAAAAGGUGAUCCAAGAAUAUACAUUGUCACACUUCUGUUUCUUUCAUGUAUCUUAUCAGGAGGAGUUCUUUUAGGACUUUACCUGGUCCAAUCUGAUCCGAACCCUUUGUUUCUACAAGCGGGUAUGUUCUUUGUUGGUGUCCCUUGGCUCUUUUGGUUCUUGGCUUACGUUUACUCUUGCGUCCUCAAGCCUUGCACCGUCUCCGUUAGCAAGAGCGUUGCCAAUUACGAUCCGGAGAAAGGUGAUCCAGCAGAGAAGAACGUCAAUAACAACACGACCCCGGAAAACGUCACCGCAACGUCAGUUUCGGAUACAGCGACGAGGAAUUCGCCUAGGGAAGGUGAGAAGCACGUGCAAUUCGGGAAUGUGGUGGUUCUUGGUGAUGAAGAAGGAGAAGGAGGAGGAGGAGGAAAAGAAGAAGAUGAAGAUCGGAACGAAGGUAGUUCUAAUAAUCUGAUUCAAAAUCAUAUGCGAAUCCAAGAACAAGAAGAUCGUAGAUCGAAUUCAAGAAGCGAUGAUGAAAGUAGCAUUGAUGAGGAUUGCGAUAGGACUCCAUUGAGAUUAUCGGUCGGAAACAAAUGAUCUGAUACUGUAAUGAUCAAUGUUUAGCGCACGGAUCAAUACAUGAUCGUUUUUAUCGGGUUGUGUAACCAGAUUGAACAGAGAAAGAGAGAGGCUUUGAAGAAAGCUAACCCUCGUUAACGUGUGAGACAAGGAAUGCUGUUCUUUUGAGUAAGAACUAAAAUACCAUGUGAAAAGAGACCCAUAGAAGAAUUUGUUUUUG